UGCUCCGGUUUGGACUGACGGUCGCUGUCAUGGCUCCGUGAAGCGACACAUGGCAGCUGGAAGCCAUGAAGCAAAAUAAAAAAAAUCACAACUUAUCACUAGAAACCGGACAUGUUUAAAUAGCAGCUUUGUUUGGUUUCAUUCGAAAUAAGUCUAAAUUCGGUAACAGCUACCAGUCAGUCAGUCUUGGGGCAGAGGCGCACUUCAACCCCCUCCGGUCUAAUUUCCUACAGUCACUUUUAAGUUUCGGUCUGUUCUAAUAGAAACUCGUCAUGGGUGUGCAAGGUUUCCAGGAGUAUAUCGAGAAGCACUGUCCCAGCGCUGUGGUGCCGGUGGACCUCCAGAAGUUGGCCCAGGGCAGUAUGGUUGGAGGUGGCCGGCAGAGACCCCCUCAGAGUCCGCUGAGGUUGUUGGUGGACGCUGAGAACUGCCUCCAUCGGCUCUACGGAGGCUUCUACACCGACUGGGUCUGCGGGGGCCAGUGGAACCACAUGCUGGGCUACUUGGCUGCUCUCUCCAAGGCCUGCUUCAACGGCAACAUUGAGCUCCUGGUGUGCUUCAAUGGCGCUCUGGAAAAAGGCCGUCUUCACGAGUGGGUUAAACGGCAGGUGAACGAGAGGCAGACCGCUCAGCAGAUCAUUAGCCACGUCCAGAACAAGGGCACCCCACCGCCCAAAGUCUGGUUCCUGCCUCCGGUGUGUAUGGCCCACUGCAUCCGACUGGCUCUCCUCAAGUUUCGCGUCGGGGUUGUCCAGAGCAUGGAGGACCACCACCUGGAAGUGAUAGCCUUGUGCAGGAAGAGUGGCUUCCACGGCCUGGUGGCCUACGACUCGGACUACGCCCUGAGCAAUAUACCAUACUACUUCAGCGCCCACAUCCUCAAACUGAGCCGCAAUGGCAAAAGCCUCACCACCAGCCAGUACCUGAUGCAUGAAGUGGCGCGGCAGCUCGAUCUGAGCCCCAAUCGUUUUGUCAUUUUUGCAUCACUUUUAGGGAAUCACAUACUGCCUGAUGAAGACUUGGCUGCCUUUCACUGGAGCUUACUUGGUCCAGAGCAUCCCUUAGCAUCUUUGAAGGUGCGUGCCCACCAGCUCGUGCUCCCCCCCUGUGAUGUUGUAAUCAAGGCUGUGGCCGACUACGUCCGCAGCAUCCCAGACAUCACCGACCUGGAGACCAUCGGCAAGGACAUAUUCAAGCAUUCACAGUCUUGCACUGAUGACAAAAUCAUCCGCUUCAAGAAGGCAGCGGAGUACUACUCAGUGGCCAGCAAACCCCAACACUUCCCUCUACAGCUGGUUAGACCAAAACACACGGGAGUGCCUACUGCAGUGCCAUCUCCAAAAAUACUCUCCAUUCCGCAGGUGCCGCAGCCUGACAAACCUGGGGUCCAGCACUCGCACCCAGAUGCGCUGGUGGAGGGCAGCCUGUCUGUGGACUCGAUGGAGAAAUCCCUCCGAGAGCAAAAGAGCUUCAGCAACAUUCCUCAUGAAGGAAAGAGCACGCUUCCCUUUACGAGAUCCUCUCCCGUCAACCCUGCCCAGCCCGGCAGCCCCAACCACAUAGAGGCUCCUUUAGUUAAUGCCUCCUCCACGUCGUCUUCCUCAGAGAAUGAUGAGAGCUCUGCCACAACUGCCAAUCAUAUUAGCGAUCAUAAGGAAGGAUGGCAGAAAAAUGGGCAUGCUUCUCACUCUGCCAAAACGCCAGAGGGAGAUGAAGGGGUGAAAACUGACCUCUGUGAGACCGCUGCUGUGAGCCUGGGCUCACAGGAUGGAGAUUUCCACAGCCUGAAUGCACAAAUCCCCUCCCUACUCUCCAUGCCCACCAGGAACCACAUGGACAUCACCAUCCCACCUUUACCUGCCGUGGCCCCUGAGGUCCUGCGGGUUGCUGAGCACAGACACAAGCAGGGCCUUAUGUACCCCUAUGUGUACCACAUUCUCACCAAGGGAGAGAUUAAGCUAUCUGUCACCAUUGAAGAUGAAGCUAACAAAGACCUGCCUUCAGCAGUACAGCUGUUUCGACCUAUCCGUCAGUAUGUUUACGGAGUGCUCUUCAGCCUGGCAGAAGCCAGGAAGAAGGCUGAGAGACUCGCCAUGAGGAAGAACUGCCUCCCUGAAUACACACAUGUCCUGAUUAAAGAGUGGGCCGCCUACAAAGGCAAGUCUCCCCACACGCCAGAGCUGGUGGAGGCUCUGCCCUUCAGGGAGUGGACAUGCCCCAACCUCAAGAAACUGUGGCUGGGGAAAGCCAUGGAGGACAAGAACCGCAGGAUGAGGGCGUUCCUGGCCUGCAUGCGCUCUGACACCCCUGCCAUGCUGAACCCUGACAACGUCCCCACACCCCUGUUAGUGCUGUGCUGUGUGCUUCGGUUUAUGUUACAUUGGCCAGGAGUAAGAAUUUUGCGUCGUAACGAACUUGACGCUUUCCUAGCUCAAGCACUUUCUCCUAAACUUUAUGAACCUGACCAGCUGCAGGAACUUAAGAUUGACAACCUUGACCCUCGGGGAGUCCAGCUGGCAGCUCUGUUCAUGAGCGGAGUGGACAUGGCUCUGUUUGCCAAUGACGCGUGCGGGCAGCCACUUCCCUGGGAGUACUGCUGCCCGUGGAUGUACUUUGACGGCAAGCUGCUUCAGCAUAAACUCAUCAGGGCCAGCAGGGAGAAGGCCCAGCUCAUCGACCUCUGUGAUGGUCAGGCUGAGCUGGCAGCCAGGGUGGAGAAGAUGCGUCAGAGUAUCCUGGAAGGUCUCAACUUUGCUCGCCCACCUCAUCCUCCUCCAUUCCCCCCACCAUCACCUCUGCCUCAUCACAGGAUGCCUUUCUACCCUCCCACUGGUUAUUUCUACAACCCACCACCAGUAACACCUCCUGCAGGGAGAGGCAGGGGGAUCCCAGGGUUUGAAGCAGUCCAAACACAAGGUGCGAAGCUGGAGAUCGCCGGUACUGUGGUGGGUCAGUGGGCCGGUACUCGACGCAGCCGAGGAAGAGGAGGCUUUCCUGUCCAGGUGGUGUCUGUCGGUGGACCAAACAGAGGUCGUCCAAGAGGUGUGAUUUCCACACCUGUCAUAAGGACAUUUGGUCGAGGAGGACGAUACCAUGCCAGAGCUUUCAAGAGUCAGGGAACGUACCUGAUUAAGCCUGCUUACAAGCCUGCUCAAACAUCUGGAGACAGCGUGGUGAAGGAGAGAACGAAGCCCAUGCAGGAGGAGAAGAAAUCCUCCCCUGCACAGUGUGGCGACGGCUCAGCCACGGAGAACGGCGUUGAUGACGAGGAGCCAGAGCAGUUGAAUGGAGAGAAAGAGGAAUGCGGGGCUCUCAUCCAACCUGAAAGUGCCUUUAGCAGUGACUCCAAGAUGUGCAAUACUAAUCCUCACUUAAAUGCACUAAAUGUAGACAGUGGCUGUAAUAGAGAUGAAGGUCUGGAGGCCACUGUCUCAAAAGAUUAAACCUAUUUUUCUAGAGAGGGUGAAGGAUGAAAGAUGGAGCAGGGUUAGGAACAUCUAGAAAUAUGGAAAGCUUACAGUCAUUGUACUUUUUUUUUUCUUCCCAGACAAAGAAACGAGAUGAAAUUCGGAUCCCUCUCAGCACACACAUAAGAUCCUAACACUGAUAACUUGAGGAGUCGUUCACUCCUUCGUCACUUCUACGUGUUCCUAGAAUGAUACUUUUCAAAUUAGAAGGUUAAAGCUUGAAGAAACUUUAAUUUGAAAACAAUUUUAGUUCAUAUAAGUUGAUCUGCUUCCAGUACUCACCGUCUUGCAGUUAAGAAUUUUGUGUUGUCACUAUAAUUGCUCAGUGAAACAAGCGAGGCAAAACCUUCAGCUUCCAUUAGGGGUGAGUUCAUGUUUGAACAGCUCAGUCCCUCACUACACACGAGCUCCACGCUCACUUAUUUAGCUGUAACUAACGCCUCAAUAAACAUCUCUCGAAUCAGACAAAAAAAAAAGAGAACUUAAAGUCGGUUUCUUGAAUCAGAUCUAGAGCUGUAAUGUUACCACUUCAAUAGAAAUUUUCUGCAUGGUUCUCAUUCUAACCAGUGUGUAGUUAUUGUGCAUGUUGUCCUUUAUCUUCCAUCCUUCCCUGCGCCCACUUGCAAAUUAAUGAAACCGCUAAAGCCCAUAAGAGGUGUUGUUUUGACCUAGAAUCUUCUUGUGAUUAUUGACCUCUGUUGCACUUAAAGAACAAAGAAAUUAUUUAGCCACUUUGGAAUAGUGUAUUCAUACUAUAAUGUUCUGUUACUGUUUGCUGUUUUAGUCAAAUAUGUGAAGAAAAAAAAUGCUAUACAGGGCUUUGAAGAUCACUUUUUCUGUACCUAAACGGCGGCGUGCUCCACCUUUGAAUCAAAACGUUAGCCAUCAGCCGGUAAUCAUAUUAAAGAUUUCCCUUAGUGUUAUUUUUUACACUUGUAAUACUUCUCCACCAGAAUCGUCAUUUAACAUUUCCACUUAAUACUUCUGAAGCUUUUCUUCUUCCAUUAGUGAUCAGAGAAACGGUGUAAUCUCCUCCCCCAGUCCCCUCGCAACAGCUAAAUGGGUUACCUUCUGUGUAAGUUGAUCAGUUUCUGCCUAACUCCUGGAUUGUAAAAGAAUGAACUACUGAUGGGUUUGAUUGAAUGUUGAUGGAUUUGGUGUGGUGUAUUUGAAGGCAACUUAGCUACAAUGCUUAAUAAAACUAUAUUCUUUUA